AUAAAAGUAAAAGUGUUUCUUUUUAUUCUAAAAGCUUGCCCCCUAUUUCUUUCAAGUUAUCAACCCUUCUCAUCGCAUCGUCCAUUUGCCGUUUCCUCCUAUUUUUCUGUUCACCUACGCGCUUUCUGUCCUCGUCUAACUUUUUUAGAAGUUCCUCGUCUUGAUGAAGAAGUUCUCGCAGUUUCUGACUCUUAUCCAUUUCCACUGCCAAUUGUCGCUCGGUAUUUUGAUACCAGUUUGACUGUUCGGCUGCUUGGUGGUGGUUUUCUUUGUUCUUUCAAUUAUGUGCUGGUUAAACGAUUUUGAAGGCGAGAUGUGAGCCUUCACUGCUGGAAGCGGCGUUGUUGUAGGAUUAUCCGUUGUAUUUUCCAACACGGCAGCUUCAGCAGGUCUAAUUUGAAUGAACUCCUGGAGUUCUAUGUCAGUUGUCAUCUGAGUCAGUUGAAUUCCGUCACCUUCCAGGUCAGCUAUAAUUGCAUCCAAAUCAUUAAACCAGGUUUACAUUCAGCCACUGCCGCUGCUACUCGCGCUGCCCGUUGCCCUGCAUUUUAAACUUCUGCGGAAGCAUCGACGUGAGUGUGUGUUCACAUUCAGCCUGCACUUUUCAACUCACAGCGAUGGCGGACGUAGAAGUUGUUGCGGCGACAGCGUUAUGUUUGCUCAGUAUAUAUAACUAUUUAAGUGUUUUGAAAAGAAAUCGAAUAAGAAAAAGAUGCCGUCGACGAAGGAGAUGGUGGAUGUUAGCAAUUCACCGUAAUAGAACGAAUAGUACUACAAAUUCCCCUACAUUUUGGUAUUUAUGUUGUUCGAGAAAAAUAUAAAAAAUCCGUUUAGCCGUUACAGAUUGAACACAACAACAAACAAACGUGUGAAUAAUGAUCUGUUUUUACAGACGCAGUAUGGAUAAUUUUUUCAAGGAGUUGACUUGCGAGAAUUCCGCCGAGUUUUCUAACUUUUGCAGAAUGGCACCUAGAGACUUCGAAUUUUUCCUAAAUAAUAUUGAACCUUUUAUAAAAAAAACCAAACUAGACUACGAAUACCCAUACCACCAAAAAUACGUUUGGCAAUAACUUUACGAUAUUUAGCAACGGGGGAUAGUUAUCGAAGUCUCCACUACUUAUUCAAGGUUUCCACAGCAGCUAUUUCGAUAAUGGUUCCUGAAGUAUGCAAAGCUAUUAACUCUGUUCUGAAGGAUCAAAUUAAGUUACCACAAACACCAGAGGAAUGGUUACAUAUAGAAGAGGGAUUUAGACAUAAGUUUCCACGAUGCGUUGGAGCUAUAGAUGGGAAGCACAUCGUAAUUAAUCGCCCAGCACACAGUGGCUCAAAAUUUUAUAACUUUAAGGGUACGCAUAGCAUCGUACUAAUGGCUUUAGUGGAUAUUCAAUACCGUUUUACUUUUGCGGACAUCGGCGGCCAGGGGUUCAUUAGUGAUGGGGGAAUUUUUCGAAACUCUUUACUUUGGCAAAAAAUUGACACAAAUACUAUUAAUUUGCUACCAGACGCCCCAUUACCCGGAAGACAAACAGAUGUGCCCUAUGUAUUUCUUGGUGAUGGAGCUUUUGCAUUACAUAAACAUAUAAUGAAACCUUUUCCAGGUGGAUGGCUCUUGGAGACAAAUACAAACCAACCCAGAGACUUCAGCUAUUAGGCCAAUAGCAGAUGUGCCAAGACGCUCGCCAAGAAAUAUUUGCGAAAUUCGAACUGAAUUUGGUCAUUAUUUCCAUAACAUGAAUACAGUAGCGUAGAUGAUAUUUAAUAAC